UUGCAAUUGUAUAAUCAAAACAUCCCUGUGUGUUCGUUCUUCUGUGACUGGCCAGCGGCAUUUUUCCAUACUCGAUACCUAAUUUCUGGCGAUACCAUUGUACUAGUUUUGUGCGGUAGCCAUUUUAAUUUUUGGCGUCGAAAAAACUACGGCGAGCGAGUUUCGCAUAUCCUGUAGUUUUUGUUUAAUUGCAUUUAACGCAAGUCAGUUUUGCUCGUGCAGGCAGCAGCUCAGCUCGUGUGUGUGUCGGAGAUACGAAACGUGUGGUUAACAGUUGUACACAGAAUCUAAUUAACUCAAGUACAGUACAAUGUCGAUGUCUGCCACGUGCUACAAGUGCAACCGGCCGGGCCACUUUGCCCGGGACUGCAGUCUCGGCGGAGGACCAGGAGGCGGCGGACCCGGUGGCGGUGGUAUGCGUGAUGGAGGUGGUGGCGGCGGCGGUGGUGGUAUGCGUCGUAAUCGUGAAAAGUGCUACAAAUGCAAUCAAUUUGGGCACUUUGCACGCGCGUGCCCCGAAGAGGCGGAGCGCUGCUACCGCUGCAACGGUGUUGGCCACAUCUCCAAGGACUGCACCCAGGCCGAUAAUCCGACGUGCUACAGGUGCAACAAGCCCGGUCAUUGGGUGCGCAACUGCCCCGAUGCGGUUAACGAGCGCGGCACAGGGCCAGCAAAUGUCUCAUGCUAUAAGUGCAACCGCACCGGACACAUCUCCAAGAACUGCCCGGAGACGUCAAAGACUUGCUAUGGCUGUGGCAAGAGUGGACAUCUGAGACGUGAAUGCGAUGAGAAGGGUGGACGGAACUAGGAGAGAGCAGCGCGAGCGCUCUCUGAGAAAUCAACGAAAAUGUUUUGUCAAAUAAAAAAAUGAAAAGAAAAAAAAUAUAUAAUGAAAAAAUCAAUUGCCAGCCAACAACAACAAGAACAGCAAAACGCAAACGCAAAAAAAAAAAAAGAAGAAGAAGCGACCAAUCAGUUAAACCAAGUCAAGAUCAACAGACACAAAAACAACCCUAAGCACACGACCACACAUACACAAACCCACACACAGACUCACACAUCCAUACACACACACAUAUAUAUCUAACCAUCAUCUAAGCAGCACAUCUCUAAUUCCAAAGCUCUGAGCCUGCAGUCGUAGAAGAACAGUGUAUACAAGACAACAACAACAACAACUAGGAGGAAGCACGAUGAACAGCAAUAGUCUGGGAGAAGAGAAGACAACGAUAGCGCUGGUGGCGCUGUGCAGCUGCUGGAAGCAGUAGUAGAAGAAACAGACGUUGUAUUUUAGUAGCUACUACCACAAUAGCAACAACAACUAUAUUAUUAUUAUUAUUAUGCUGCAAACGUGUUUGAAUUUACUAAUUACAAUUAUAACGAAUGGAAGAAACAAAAAACUAUAUAAGAAUAUAUAAUUUACCUUAAACAAAAACAAAAAACAAAAACUCGUAAAAAUAUAUAAAAGUAUGUAUGUACUACAAUGUAUCCUAUUAGGAGUUCCAACACGCAGAAGAUAAAUAACAACAAAGUUAAGUAGGAGAGCAAUGAGGCGAUCAUCGAUAUGGAUUGAGAACGAAAGAGAGGCGAGGCAUGUUCCUCCACAAAGCUGCGGCCGGCGAGCUUUUGCACUUCACCUAUCAUCAACAAGCAAGAUCUCUAGCGGGUUAGCUAUGUUAGCUAGCUGGCAGCAACAACAACAGCGAAAACAAGAACAAAGGCAGUUAGAAGAUGACAAAGAGAAAUGAAAA